CACACCACACUUGCUUUCGCUCACUUCCCUCCCUCGCAUCUACUACCAGCUUCAGCAGCAGCAAUCAGCGUUCUGCAAUCGCGGUUCACUCGUGCUCUUCGUCGCUCUCCCUCGUUCGUCGCUCGCCUCGCGCCUCCUUUCGCUGAUCUUCGAUCGUCUCGUCGUUCGUGGUCGCCAGCAUGGGUCUGGGCAGCGUGGACGCGGGGGUGCGCGUGGCGGUGGAGAAGGACCUCGUGGCGGAGGUCGGCCCGCAUGGGCUCUCCUCCUUCUUCGUCACCACCUUCGUGCUCGCCGUGCACCUCACAAACUGGGCGCCGGACGUGAUUUGGAUCGGGCUGGCCGUGUUUUACGGCGGCGUGGGGCAGUUCGUGGCGGGCAUGUGGGAGUUCAAGCGCGGCAACGUCUUCGUCGCCACGUCCUACUCCUCCUACGGCUGCUACUGGAUGGGCGUCGCCAUGCUCAUGCUGCUCGACAAGCUCGGCCUCGCGCCCGCGGGGUUCGAUUCGAUGAAGGCGCUGGGGUGGUUUCUGUCGGCGUUUCUGGUGUUCAACACGUACAUGACGUUCCUGACGCUGCUGCUGUCCAAGGUGGCGUUCCUCACCUUCUUCCUCCUCGAGCUCUUCUUCGUCUUCCUCGUCAUCGGCUGCUUCCGCAACGACGCCCCCGGCCACGGCUGGACCGCCGCCUCCGGCUACGCGCUGCUCCUCACCUCCAUCGCCGCGCUCUACAUGUCGGCGGCCUCGAUGUUCAAUACUCUCGCCAACCGCACCGUGCUGUGGGGCGGAUCGCCCCUCCUCACGCUCUCCAAGGCGGAAUAGACGCGGGCCGGCUUAUGUGCUCGCGCUUCGUCCAGCUGCACUGACACCGGGACUGCGUUCACAUUGCUGCGGUAACCCGAUGAAUCUGGCCGGGUCAUGUAGGGCGCCGUUUGAGUUGGAAUUUCAGGGAUUUUACAUUUCCGAAUUACGGUACCUCUACGUAGAUCAUUGUAUUUAUAUCAUACUAAGAUGGA